UGUCAAAAAACAACAACAUAGGUCUUACAUCUAUUUAUUACACUGAUAAUGUUAUUACCUCGAGGCACAACACUUGGCAUGCGGGCAUCAUGCCAUCUUCGUCUCUACACUACAUCGGCACCACGCAUUCCGAAAAAAGCAGCGGGUGCAUUCACUAGCAACAAGCAUAUUUCACAACCUGUCACACUGAACAAGACGCUUGUAUAUAUUGGGCCAUUUGCAGAUAGUGUGCAACGAUACAAGAUGGUUGCCUCGUUAUUUGGAGUGUGUGGUUUAUGCGCCGUCCCUGGUUUGCUAAGUACGGGCCAAGCGCCUGCACUUUCUGUGAUUAUGGCCGGUGUGUCUGCCAUCAUGCCAGCAGGCUUCAUCCAUAUGUAUACGCGAAACCUGGUUACACGACUGAUGGUCUAUGACGACGUCAAGACGGUUGAACGCGAACGCCGACGACCAGGCGAUAUGAAGAACGACAAAUGGCUCGGGAUAGAAACGGUGUCGGUCUUUGGUCGGUUAAAGGAGCACAACAUGUGGCUGGCCGAUCUGAAAGACGUCACGCCUUCACAGCAGCAGAGCAAGAUGGUCCUAUGGGAAAAGCAGAAUAAGAAAACCAGUGGACGUGGCCCAAGUCGUCGUUAUGCAUUGGAACGUGCAGUUGUGGAGGCCGAUCCUUAUUUACAGGGUCUAGCAGAUCGUUGCACUAAACAAUGAACUUUCUUUCUGACGUAUACCUUUUCGUCUUUCCAAAAAGGGGCUUUUGCAUUGCAGAAAUAGAGAGAGAGAGAGAGAGAGGAAG